UGAUAAUCGAUGAUUCGUUUUUUCUCUUUCUUUCUUUUUAAUUUGAAAAUGUGGCAGUAUCUCAGUUACAAUAGUUGAAUAAUUACUUCAAAUUUCUAGUGAAACCUUGUAUCAGUUGUAUAUCGUGUUAUCUCGCUUUUUGCUAACACCUAAACAUUGUUCAAAUCCAACUUUUUUAGGCAGCAACUACCAAAAAUGUUAUCUGCAAUCGUCAAAGAACAUCAGAGCAAGCAAGCUGUGAGAAAAGAAAAGCAAGAGCAAAAGCGGAAAGAGGCUGUUCAGGCUGCAAGCAAUCUGACACAAGCCCUUGUUGAUCACUUGAAUGUUGGUGUAGCUCAAGCAUAUUUGAAUCAAAAAAAGCUAGAUGCUGAAGCAAAGCAACUACAACACAGUGCAACCAAUUUUGCUAAACAAACGCAAUUAUGGUUGAAUUUGGUAGAAUCUUUCUCAAGCUCUUUAAAAGAAAUCGGGGAUGCAGAAAAUUGGGCACGCAGUAUAGAAGGAGAUAUGAGAACCAUAGCCACAGCUUUGGAAUAUUCAUACAAAGCCACGCAAGAGAAUCAAAGUGUUGGUAAUGUUUAAAGAUAUGUGAUGUAAGACAUUGUUUUCCUAAGUAUAAUAUGGUUAGCGUCAGGAGUAAUAUAAAGAUUUUUAUAAAUAAUUUCAUGAUGUGAGUGAUAAUUUCAUUUUGUUAAGAUAUAUAGAGUUAAUGUGAUUUAAGUUGUCAAAGAAAAAACUGUUGUACAUAGUUUUUUUGUAGAACUAAAUUGUAUAUACAUUAAUUAAGUCUACAAUGCUUUUUGUUUCCUGUUUCU